UCAGUGCGCACCAGCCGCGGACAAUGUGUUUCACUGGACGUUUCGGUGCGCACGAAGACGGUGCGCGCUGUUUCACUGGGAAGUCUAGUGCCGAGUUUUUGCACUAUAGUGCGAGAAUUCGGCACGAGCUCCGAGAGACGGUGUCAGUUCAGUGCAAUAUGGCUUCGCGGGAUAAUGACGAUGUUUCAAAUUCACGAGAUGCACGAUUAGCAUUUGGACUAUUACAGUUGCUUUCUUCGUCAUCAUCCAGUAGUGAUGAAGAUGACUUAUUAAAAGAAGAUCCGCGAAAAAUUCCAAAGAUCGAAAAUUUUGUUCAAGUAGUGCAUAACCUUGCGGAUAAGGAUUUCAAAAGUCAUUUUCGCGUUGCAAGAACAACAGCUUAUAAAAUAAUAGAAGAAGAGUAAUAUUUAUUAUAUCAUUGUUGACUUUAAAAGAAAUAGUCAAAUCGGUCAAACUUUCCAUGGUUAUACAGUAGCACAAUACGCCCAAAUACGCCACAAAACUGCACUGAGAUGGCACUGAGAAUAACAGACGUGUUUAGUUGGGAAUGCAAAAAACUCGCACUUUCAGUGCACUCCGACAGUGUCGCCUGAACUCGACGAGUUUCUAGUGCGCACUUAGUUCUUGCCAGUGAAAAAC